AGUUUAUUCCAAAUUUGCUAUGCUUCGAUUUGUUAAGUCAUGACUUCAGCCCGCUGACAUCGUAAUUAUCUGAUAGAGUUUGAUCGGGGACACGUCUAAGAUGUCAGAACCAGAGUCCUGGCCAGUGAAGGUCUAUAUCUACGACAUAAGUAAGGGGAUGGCCCGGUCACUCUCCCAGGCUUUUCUAGGAAAACGCAUAGAAGGGGUGUGGCACACGGGAAUAGUUGUGUAUGGGGAGGAGUUUUACUUUGGAGGGAUGGGUGGCAUAGAGGCCUGUUCUCCUGGAGGUACCAUUCUUGGUCAGCCGGACUCCAUUGUUGAUCUAGGACACACACAAAUACCACAUGAUGUCUUUCUAGGGCAUCUUCAUGAUUUAGCGCAAUCUACUUUCAGGCCAAGCUGUUAUCAUUUACUUGACAACAACUGUAACAACUUUAGUUCUGAGUUGGCCCAGUUCCUGACUGGUAAUGAUAUCCCAUCAUACAUCACCGGUCUCCCAGCUGAAGUCCUCAGCACUCCACUUGGUCAGAUGAUGAAGCCUUGGAUAGAUGCAAUGUCUGUGAACCCCAGUGGUGGCCAUGCCCUCUUUCCCCAGGGGAAUCCCCCAGUAUCCCAGAAUAUCCCACCAAGCAAUACAUUCCUUACAGAGGCAUCAAGUAAACAGGCAACUAGUUCAGGAUCUCAGACUGGCGGCAGCUCUGAACGGGAAGCAGUAUCAAGGGGAUCAGGAACCAGUUCAGAGGCACCAGGGGCAACCAGUCAAAGCCCCACAGGGUCAGGGGGUUCAGAUUCUCCAGGGAAUUUCAGUGUGGACAGCAAAAAGGAAUCUCAAGAACUUGAACCUAUUAUAUACAAAGAGGAAAUACCUUCCAAAAAGCCAUUUCUGGACGACUUAAGUGACAAACUCUCUGCAAAAGAAGUCAGUUUGGUGUCAGACAUGUACGAUUACCUCGGGACUCCAUCACCUUCAUGGUCACUGUGUAAAGAACAUGUUCAAACCAUUCACAUGGUGAUAGGGGACGGACGCAUGGGGGAUAAGCUGAGGGGGGAGAUAUGUGUGCUUCUGCAGGAUCUAGUGUUGGUGGAAGACUUCAUAGAACUGUUACAAAAUGAACCCACCAAAUUAAUAAACAGUGUGUUGUUACAUUUCAAAGAACUAACAGACAAUGUGCAGAUGUCUCUUCUAAAAGUGUUAACAAACUGCUGCAGUCAUGAGGUGGGACAUGUCUUCCUGACCGACUCUGAGGGGGGAGAACAGUGUAACCUGAAGCUACUGUGUCCCGAUGUGUGUGUAGGGGCCUUACUUCAUGAAAACCAAGACAUGUACAGCAAAGCUUCCUCCUUGGUCUACAACCUCUGUAGAUAUCAGAUACCAGAAGAUACACAGGUUGAGGUAGGGAGUGCUAUCCUAGAGUGUUUACAGAAGGAUCUCCCAGAGACAACAGCUUACAACCUCAUGACAGGUUUGUUACAACUGAUGAAGAGUAAUGAAGAAAUGUGUGAUCUUGCAGGAGUUGUAGGAAUGAACUGCUCAGCCCACCAAAAACUGUCACCAAGGUUACGAAGUCUCUGUGACGAGGCCCAAACAUUGACGGCUUUAUGAUAUACAUGUAUAAGUACAUACAUGUAAUUAAUCCCCUCACAAAUCUACAGCCUGUGAUUCUGAUGAUUUUGAAUAUAUGUGACAGAAAGAGUAUUUAUUCUUGUUGGCUUGACACAUUCGUUUGUUUUUGUUGUUAAUGAGUGCUUCAGUUGUAAUGUUCAACACAUUAAUCAAUUUAAUUGUUCAAUUCACAUCAUGAAGUCAUUUUUGUACACUGAAAUACUACAGAAGUUUCAGAAAGGUUGCAAUUAUUUGAUUUCUGGAGAUAAGCAGUAUUACUAGUAUUCAGUGAAAUUGGUCAUACCUCAUCUUUUUCAAAUGCUUGAACAAAAAACAAAUUUAAAAUAUAUACCGUAUCAUCAACUAUUUCACACUUUAAACUUUCUCUUAUGAUAAAUAUUAAGAUUUUAUAACAAUGCCUGAUAUCCAAAAUAAAAAGAACAUUUCCUUAAUUUUAGGAUAAGAUGGGCAUCUGUUUAUUUGUUAUUGUAUGGAUGUACAUGUAUCUAAUGAACAACCAACCAGAGUGAAAGGAUUCAGUCAUCUGUUAAUGCUUGCUUUUAAAAUAAAUUUGUACCUAUUAA